AUGGAAGCUUUCAUUGACACCUACGCUGAUUUCCUUCCCCGUCUCUCAGCGUUUUCAAUAGAUGUUAGUUGCACCUUGUUUAAGUUCUAUAAGGAUAAGUGUACUCACUUGAAUGAUCUGUUGGAGCGCGUUCGUCAAGAAUAUGCCCUUGCUGGCACACAACAACCUUCAUCCAGUGAUGCUGCUUCUCUUGCUAAGGUAUCUUCAUUGGAGGAUGAUUUGAGGAAAACUCAGAGAUCCUUGGAGGCUUGUUUGCUGGCACUCGAGAGAGUUAAUAAUGCUGCUAAGGUUUCUGAGGAUGGGCGUAAAGCUGCUGAUUCUGCUCUGGCUGCUGAGUCCUCCAAAGCCAUAGCUAAGGUUACCGCAGAGCGUAACGUCUUGUCUUCUGAGGUAUGUUCUCUUAAGAACAAACUUAUUGAGGCUGACUCCGCAUCAUCUUCCAUGUCUCAUGCAUCGUUGAUCAAGAAGGUUCAAGAGUUAGAAAAUGUUUACCGAGUUCUAUCCUCAGAGAAUGUUUCGCUUUUGAUAGAUGUUGAUGACCUCCGGACUGAGCGUGAUACCCUUGUGCAGGAUCUUGAGGCCGCUGAGUUUGAUACUGCUGUUAAGUUCAAGGUUGAGGCUCUCCGGCAAGCUAACGAUCAGCUCACUGCUCAGAUGAGGGAGCUUCGUCAAAAGUAUGCUUCUGAUUCGUUGUCUCAGUGCGUAGUUUGA